CUCUCCCCAUGGGCGAGGUGUCCUUGAACUGUGGCAGCGUCUACGACUUCGGCUGCUGUAUCGGCAAGAUCGCACUGGAACCCACCUCCUACCUCUUUAGAACAAUCAAACUGGCAACCUCAUACCUCAACGUCUCUGAGAUUGCUGCGAAAUUAGACGACCAUUUUCCGACAAUGACAUUUUAUGAUCCAAAGAUAACGCUGGAUGACUAUAGAACACUGAAACUGUCAGAAAAAAAUGAGCUGACCUCCAUGUUUGGGCACUACCAGACUCUGCCACAGUGGGAUCGUACCACCACAUACGCUCUUUACCCUACGUGGCGUUCCUUCGAACAAUGGAUUGCAGACAGCGCUAAGGACUUGCUGUGCGUCUUGCGCUUCGUCAAUGAAAAGGUAUUUAAUACAGACACUUUUGAUAGCACAGAAGCUCUUUGCACAUCACGGCGCCGUGACCUGGAGAGUGACAAGAGAAACCAGGGAGCCAGGCACGAACAAAGCAGAGGAGAAAGUGACACUAUGUACAGCCAAUUACUCUACAGAAUCAAGCAGCUGUCUCUGAGAGGAUCGGCAGCAGAGAGAGACGAAAUCGACUCUGCAGCAGGCACUGCAAUGAAAUAA